GACGGCGUGGAGCUGCUUGUCAGGGCCCAGCGCCAGGACGCCCAGGCCUGCAGCGACCCGCUGAAGGCCGCGAGGGCGGAGGACGCGCGGCUCUUCCUGGGCUGGGCGUCGCAGCAGGUGCUGCCCCCCAUGUUCGCCCGCGCGGCGCCCGCCGCGCCGGUGUUCGUGCGGCGGAUCGCGCUCGAGUGCCUGAACCACUUCGCCUUGGCGCGGGUGUUCGAGGAGGGAGCCUCGCCUCUGCUGGGGCUGGCCCCCCCCCGCGUGCGCUACAUGGAGCUGCUCGGCGCUCUCGCCACGGACACCUCGCCAGAGAUCCUGCAGCUGGUCUGCAAGGGCUUCGUGAGUGCCGUGGAGGACGGCCGGCACCUCUCGGGGCACCUCGGUCGGUUUUGUCGGGGGCUGCUCCAGGGCCUCUGCGGCCACGGCCGGACGCAGUUGGAGACAGAGUGGCCAGGGCGGUACCCAAGGGCAGUGCUGGACUGA